AUGGAGAAGACAAGCGCUGAGGUGCUCUCCUGUUCCAUCUGUCUGGAGCUCCUGAAGGAUCCAGUCACUCUUCCUUGUGGACACAGCUUCUGUCAGGUCUGUGUUGAUGGUUACUGGGAGGAAAAGAACAUCUACCAGUGUCCUCAGUGCAGACAGACCUUCACCCCGAGGCCUCUCCUGCAGAAGAACGUCAUGUUAGCAGAGUUAGUGGAGGAGCUGAAGAAGACUGGACACCAAGCUGCUGACCUCUGCUAUGCUGGACCUGAAGAUGUGGCCUGUGACUCCUGCACUGGGAGGAAGCUGAAAGCCCUCAAGUCCUGUCUGGUGUGUCUGACCUCUUACUGUGAGCAACACCUCCAGCCUCAUCUAGAAGCUCCGGCCUUCACGAGACACCAUCUGGUCCAGCCGUCCAAGCAGCUCCAAGAGAUCAUCUGCCCUCAACACGAUAAGGUGAAGGAGAUGUUCUGUCGUACUGAUCAGCAGGUCAUCUGUCUCCUCUGUGUUGUGGACCAACACAAAGACCACCACAUUGUCUCAGCCGCAGCAGAGAGAAGAGAGCGAGAGAAAGAUGUGGAUCAGAGUCGAGGAAGGAUCCAGCAGAGGAUCCAGGAAAGAGAGGAAGAGCUGAAGCUGCUUCAGCAGGAGCAGAAGACCAUCAGAGACUCUGCUGAUAAAGCAGUGAAGGAAACUCGGAAGAACCUCAAGCAGCUGAUCCAGAACCUCCAGAGAAGAAUGUCUGAUGUGGAGCAGCAGAUCAGAUCCCGGCAGGAGACUGAAGCCGCUGGAGUCCGAGGACUUCAGGAGCAGCUGGAGCAGGAGAUCGCUGAGCUGAAGAAGAAGGAUGCUGAGCUGCAGCAGCUGUCACUCACCGACAGUUACUUGGUCUUUCUCCAGAACUGGUCCUCACUUUCAGAGGUCAGUGAGGACACGCUCUCCUCCAGGACCCACGUCCGUCCUCACUGCUGCUUUGAGGAAGUGUCAGCAGCCGUGUCAGCCAGCAGAGAGCGACUCCAGGACCUUCUGAGAGACACCUGCACCAACAUCUCACUCAUGCUCGGAGCAGAGCCCAAGACCAGAGCUGAGUUCCUCAGGUUCUCACGGGACAUCACUCUGGAUCCAAACACUGCUCACUCAAGGUUGUUGUUGUCUGAAGGAAACAGGAAAGUGAGAAACAUUGGGAAAGAUCAGUCUCCUCCUCCUCAUCAUCCAGACAGAUUCACUCGUUAUCCUCAGGUCCUGAGUAAAGAGCCUCUGACUGGACGUUGUUACUGGGAGGUGGAGAGGAGAGGAGGGGCCAUUCAUGUAGCAGUCUCAUACAAGAACAUCAGCAGAUCGGGAGGAGAAAGCAUAUUUGGAUGUAAUGACAAAUCUUGGUCUUUAUCUUAUCACAGCUCGGGUUGUUCAUUCACACAAAACAGCAUCAUAACUAAAGUCUCCAGUGUUCGACCCUCCAGAGUGGGAGUGUACCUGGAUCACUCUGCAGGUCUUCUGUCCUUCUACAGCGUCUCUGGAACCAUGACCCUCCUCCACAGAGUCCACACCACCUUCACUCAGCCUCUACAUGCUGGAGUCUGGGUCUGGGCCUCAUGCGAGUUCCUGAAGCUGAACUAGACAACAGCGUGAGAAUGAUGGUUUCACUGAGGACUGGCUCUUCUCGGUCCACGACGGUGUUUGAUGUCCCUCCACUAUGUCCUCAGCUGCUCAUCUCUCCACUUUUUCUCUUGGCUCAGACGGCAUCAUGUGUAUUGUUCAUCCCAAACAUGAAUCUGUGUCUCACUGUUUCAUUACAAUACGGAUGGAUAUUUACAUUUUCUGUAUCAUAUUAUUGUUGUCAAUCAUAGAAGUCGAUUCAAUUUUCAUCUUGUUCACUUCGUAACUAACGUGUUAUUUGUUUUACAAUUAUAUUGUUGUAUUUGUAGUUCAGAGUGUCUUUGACUUUACUCUGUUCUCUCUGUUGCAUGUGCAGAAUAAAGUCAUGGGACGCUGAGGCAGUGCAUCCUGGUGUUUGAAACAGACUAGAAACACCAUGUCACGACGGUGACCACAUAUCUGGAGGCCACAUUUUGGUCCUUCAGCAGCACGGUGGCUUGUGCUGACCUCUGCUGCCAAAUUGUGUGGAUUAUAUGCCAUGCAUCACUUAAGUGUGACACAAUAGUUAUACAAACUCUUCAUGGAACACAUUUAUCAUGUCAUUGAGGAGAAUGAAGUAAACAUUCAUUCAUUCAUAGCUGCAUUAUU